UGUCCUGGGUAUGACAUUAAAAGGCCCACGACGUUGCUUACAUGCGCAAGUGUAGCAACGAUGACCAGCACGGCAAUGAGAGCCCGCUUGGUGUUGUCCUGGGCAGGACGUUAAAAGGCCCGGCAUGUUGUCUUCAUGUUCGAUCGAAGCAACAAUGAGCAGUAUGGCGACAGAUGCCAGCUGUGUAACGAAGCGUUGCCAUGCUUUUCGGUUCUGUUGGAUCCGCCAUGAUGACGAUCAUACAGAUAGAUGGACCAUUACGAGUGAACGAUCAGUACAUACCUUCGCGCGUUAGUCCUGGGCACGACGGGGAAACUGCCCAGUGGACACGACUCAGUACGACGAGACGAUUCACGAUAUGAUGACGUUAGAGCUAAAAGCCCUUACGGUCGAAUGCCUACUGGUCGUAUUACGAGCAGCUGGUGAGAAAAAGUCGUGGUGCGCCGUGAUGACUGUCGAAACUGGUCGAGAAUAACAACCGGCGCAGCAGCGGAUCUGUUGCGGCGGCGGCGAGGUCACUCUGCGGUAGAGGCGUAAAUCCUCGUCAGUGCCGCCAGGCGGGGUUCUUUCUGAAGGAGACAAGCGUGAUAGUAAGAGCAGUAUGCCGGAGGCGUGUCGUCAGCUGGCCGUCCCGUGGGCAAGUCCACGACCAGCAGACCACUUGCCAGCCGCGGCAGAGGCUACUUUGCUCCGGAGCCAGCAUCUCGGACUAGGCCGAGGAGGACCUGGGCCACCUGCGGAUAUCACCGCCCUAAGGGCGCCGAAAUGGGUGGACCAAACGUUUGGACGGUGGAAGCGUGUGCUUCUAAGAGCGAUGGGCUGGUCACGUCUCCUGGGACGGGCGGUGGGAUUGCAUCGUCCGGACCUAAGCUCUUGCGCUCGACCAUCAGGUUUCGGGGCGUCUCCCGAUUACAUGUCAAGGGGGGUACACAGGUGGGGGAUUCCGUUCAAGUGAGAUGCCGACGAUGAUUCUCUUGCCGAACUAGCUGGACAGCGAAAUUCAAGCCUGACUUUGCCCC